ACCGUUAGUACCAGAAAUAACGGUCAAUAACUUAUGGAACUGAACUAAAAUUUCUGGAGAUACUAUUUAAAUGAUCCCAUGGGUGGAUCUGGACCCCCUUUUUACCACUACAAUACUGUACUUGAUGACCAUGGUACUAUAACAACAACUUCUGAAAUAAAAGUUUGGAAAUCAAGACUUGUUAUUAUGAGUUGCAAGAAGCCAGACUUCAUUACAUCUUUAAUGGCUGGUGGAAUAGCAGGAAUAUCGGUAGAUGUUGCACUCUUUCCUCUUGAUACUAUCAAGACCCGUUUACAGACUGAGGCAGGCUUUAGGGCCUCUGGAGGAUUUCGUGGAAUUUAUAGUGGAUUAGGACCAGCUGCUCUUGCCUCUGCACCUAAUGCUGCAUUGUUCUUCUGUACAUAUGAAAGCAUGAAGAAAUUCUUGGGAGUCCACGUAUCAAAUCGUUACCAACCAGCAGUUCAUAUGAUUGCAGCUUCAUCGGGGGAAAUAGUAUCUUGUAUAAUCAGAGUACCAGUGGAAUUAAUCAAGCAGAGAAGACAAGCACAGCUAUAUCAGUCUUCCUUCAAAGUCAUCCAAGAUACCUUACAUAAUGAAGGUUUCAGAGGUCUUUUUCGUGGAUAUUUGAGCACUGUGGCAAGAGAGAUACCAUUCUCACUCAUUCAGUUUCCUUUAUGGGAGUUACUGAAGGAGUGGUGGUCACAAAGUCAAGGACAUUAUGUGGAUUCUUGGCAGGCUUCCCUUUGUGGGGCAUUUGCAGGUGGUUUUUCUGCAGCUUUAACCACACCACUAGAUGUAGCCAAAACUAGAAUCAUGCUGGCAGAACGAACACAGGGUAUGGCUAAAGGAAGUAUAAGCUAUGCAAUCAGAGCUGUACACACUCAACAUGGACUUCCAGGGUUGUAUGCAGGAAUUAUACCAAGGACACUUUGGAUUACUAUUGGUGCUUCGAUCAGAUGUGGUGCCAAAAACAGCUGAGAAUUUUCGUCAGCUUUGUACUGGGGAACAAGGAUUUGGAUUCAAAGGUUCUAUCUUCCAUCGCAUUAUCCCUGGCUUCAUGUGCCAAGGAGGUGAUUUUACCAAUGGUAAUGGUACUGGUGGCAAGUCGAUAUAU